AUGAGCAUCCCCAAAAUUGGCCCAGAUCUACCAUGCGCCUCUCCGUCUGAGCAUUCUGUCCAGCGUUCCUAUGCUUCUUCUCGCUCCUCCCAGUGCGUUGUUGGUCAUAUUCAACCUGUCAUCGUGGUUCAUGGCGGAGGAGCUGGCUCCAUCUCAAAGGAACGAUCAGAAAGAGUACGGAAUGGAGUUACCAAAGCUGCCCUGACAGCCUACAGCAUCCUUAAAGAUGGCGGCAGUGCCAUCGAUGCUGUCGAAGGGGCUGUGGUUGUCCUGGAAGAUGAUCCUGAAUUUAAUGCAGGUCGUGGCUCUGUCUUGAAUGAAGAAGGUCAGGUUGAAAUGGACGCUAGCAUCAUGGAUGGAAGCAAUCUGAACUCAGGAGCCGUAUCUGCAGUUCAGGGUGUUGCAAAUCCCAUCAGACUUGCCCGGCUUGUUAUGGAGAAGACAAAUCACUCAUUCCUGACUGACAGAGGCGCCAACCAAUUUGCUAAGGUCAUGGGGAUCCCAGAGACUCCUCUUGAAAAAUUAAUAACGGAACGAAACGUAAAACGUCUGAAAAAAGAAAAGAAUGAAAAAAAUCCUUGUCUGACGGACGCUGACAAAAACACUGGAACAGUGGGAGCUGUGGCACUUGACAAGAACGGAAACCUUGCUUAUGCAACAUCAACAGGAGGGACCAUCAAUAAGAUGACUGGCCGUGUUGGGGACUCACCCUGUGUAGGUUCUGGGGGCUAUGCUGAUAAUGAGAUCGGGGCUGUUUCUACCACUGGGCAUGGAGAGAGCAUCAUCAAAGUGAACCUUGCCAGACUGGCCAUCUUCCACCUGGAACAAGGAAAGAAUCCACAAGAGGCUGCUGAUGCCGCCUUGUGUUACAUGAAGACAAGGGUCAAAGGUUUAGGUGGCCUCAUUCUGAUUGAUAGAUCAGGAGAAUGGGCCGCAAGGUGGACCUCGAUCUCCAUGCCCUGGGCCGCAGUAAAGGAGGAGAAGCUUCAGUAUGGAAUUAUCCCCGGGGUGGUCCAUGUGUCUGACAUGAUCAAAAAGAACUUAAACCCAUGUGUCUAACAACCAAGAGCUGGGUUGGGAAGAGAGGAUGAAUAAAGUGGGCUGGUCUCCAGCCUAGGGAAUGGCAACAUUCAGGAGAAAUUUACCUUACUCUAUAGACCUCCUUUUGGAGAAAUCAUGCACCUGUCACACUUGAUUUGUUUCCUUAAUCCAAA